UGACGUCACUAUUGUUCGACACAUCUUUGUCAGUGAACAAAAUGGCAACGUACUGUCUGACUGUCGCCCGGCUCCAGCUGGCCUUGGGCCAGGGGGCACGCCGCAUGCAUGUGUCUGCUGCAUUUAGUGCCAAGGCCAAAGUGUCAAUGAGCCGCUUCGAGACCACCUCCUACGUCAACUACGAGAAACUCCAAUCAAACAUUGACAUUGUUCGCAAAAGACUCAACCGACCCCUUACUCUGUCCGAGAAGAUUGUGUAUGGUCACCUGGAUGACCCCCACAACCAGGACAUCGACCGCGGGCGCACGUACCUGAGGCUGCGGCCCGACCGUGUGGCCAUGCAGGACGCCACCGCCCAGAUGGCCAUGCUGCAGUUCAUCAGCAGCGGGCUGCCCCGCGUGGCAGUGCCCUCCACCAUCCACUGUGACCACCUGAUCGAGGCCGCUACUGGAGGGCCCGAGGACCUCGCCAAGGCCAAGGAUGUUAACUUGGAAGUCUACAACUUUUUGGCCAGCGCCGGUGCCAAGUAUGGAGUCGGCUUCUGGAAACCCGGUUCUGGAAUCAUCCAUCAGAUCAUCCUGGAGAACUACGCCUACCCGGGUGUAUUGCUGAUCGGGACCGACUCCCACACACCCAACGGUGGGGGCCUGGGGUCCAUCUGCAUCGGCGUGGGAGGGGCCGACGCCGUCGACGUCAUGGCUGGGAUCCCCUGGGAGCUCAAGUGUCCUAAUGUGAUUGGCGUGAAGCUGACUGGCAGCCUGUCUGGCUGGACCUCACCCAAGGACGUCAUCCUGAAGGUGGCCGGUAUCCUGACGGUGAAGGGUGGUACUGGUGCCAUCGUGGAGUACCACGGGCCCGGAGUGGACUCCAUCUCCUGCACUGGAAUGGCCACCAUUUGCAACAUGGGAGCUGAGAUUGGCGCCACCACCUCGGUGUUCCCCUAUAAUCACCGCAUGAAGACCUACCUGGAGAAGACAGGCCGCGGAGACAUCGCUGCACUGUCCGAUGAGUUCUCACACCUGCUGGUCCCCGACGAGGGCUGUGUAUACGACCAGGUCAUUGAGCUCAAUCUGGAUGAGCUGAAGCCCCACAUUAACGGGCCCUUCACUCCCGACCUGUGCCACCCAGUGUCUGAGAUCGGCGCUGUUGCCAAGAAGAACGACUGGCCCCUGGAGGUUAAAGUCGGGCUGAUUGGCAGCUGCACCAACUCCAGCUAUGAGGACAUGGGCAGGGCCGCCUCCCUGGCCAAGCAGGCCCUGGACAAGGGCUUGAAGUGCAAGGCCCAGUUCACCGUCACCCCGGGCUCGGAGCAGAUCCGGGCCACCAUCGAGAGAGACGGAUACUCCAAGAUUCUGGAGGACGUGGGCGGAGUGGUCCUGGCCAAUGCCUGUGGACCCUGCAUAGGACAGUGGGACAGGCGUGACGUGAAGAAGGGGGAGAAGAACACCAUCGUGACAUCCUUCAACAGGAACUUCACCGCCAGGAACGACGCCAACCCCGCCACGCACGCCUUCGUCACCUCCCCCGAGAUCGUCGUCGCCAUGGCCAUCGCCGGCACGCUGGACUUCGACCCCGAGACGGACUACCUAACGUCCGCCAGCGGCGAGAAGUUCAUGCUGGAGCCACCCUGCGGCGACGAGCUGCCGGCCCGCGACUUCGACCCCGGCCAGGACACGUACCAGCAGCCACCUCCCGACGGCAGCAGCCUCAAGGUGGACGUCAACCCCCAGAGCAACAGGCUGCAGCUGCUGGAGCCCUUUGACCGGUGGAACGGAGGAGACCUGGAGGACCUGCAGGUUCUCAUCAAGGUGAAGGGCAAGUGCACCACGGACCACAUCAGCGCCGCCGGGCCCUGGCUCAAGUUCCGCGGUCACCUGGAUAACAUCUCCAACAACAUGCUUAUCGGCGCCGUCAACAUCGACAACGACGGCAUCAACAGCAUCAAGAACCAGCUGACGGGCGAACUGGGCGGCGUGCCCGACGUGGCUCGUCACUACAAGGCCAACGGUCUGUCGUGGGUGGUGGUUGGAGAUGACAACUACGGCGAGGGUUCCAGCAGGGAGCACGCCGCCCUUGAGCCAAGGCACCUGGGAGGACUUGCCAUCAUUGUCAAGAGCUUCGCCAGAAUUCACGAGACCAACCUGAAGAAGCAGGGUAUGCUCCCACUGACCUUCAGCAGCCCCGACGACUAUGACAAGAUCCGCCCGGACAGCAAGAUCUCCAUCAAGGGACUGAAGGGCUUCACACCAGGAACGCCCCUGACAGCCGUUGUGAAGCACCGCGACGGCAGCACGGACAGCCUGGAGCUCAACCACACCUUCAACGAGACCCAGAUCGAAUGGUUCCAGGCCGGCUCCGCCCUCAACCGGAUGAAGGCCAUGCAGUAGAGAGACGGGAGAAGCACAGCAAUGAAUAAGGAGGCGUUGGAUUGGUGGGGGGGGCGGAGUGGGCGGGGCUUUGUGACGGUUAAGUGGAGUUUGAGGAGUGUUGGGGAGUUUUGUUCUCGGUUCCGUCGGCUGCACUUGGAUGUGUGACUGUGAGAAGCAAGGGCUUGCGUUUUGGGUAAAUACUGUACUUUCAGGUGGGGUUCCAAGUGCAAAUGUUGGAUGCUCUGGUCUCCUAGCAACUGGGCUGUGGUCUGAAUGUAUUGAGAGCACCUGCAGGGGUGGGACUUGGGGUUUGUCUGGUUCAUGAAUGUGGGAAUACAUGUCUGAUCUGAAGUGUUUGAUUCAUUGGCAUGGUAAUGAUUUAUUAACAGAAAUAGUAUAGAAUCAUAAAAGGAAAUGCGGACGUAACAGAAUUGCCGCAAUACGACGGUUUGUUUUUAAUUCUAACUCUCUCAGCAGCCCGGGCCAGUUCAGUCCUCCACUCUUGCCCGUGACAUUGGUUAAUUUUGUUACUUUAUAGUUGUAGACACGAAUCAAAGUCAAACGCAUGGCAGCACAUUUUAUGUUAAAUUUGUUUAAUAAUAUCACCUUACCUUUUUAAGGGAAACAAGAACCGGUACUCAAAUCUUAGCGAUGUGAAAUGAAGGGGGAGGCCCAGAGUGGCCGUUCUCUGUAAGAGCACACACACACGCACACAAACAUCUUUGACCUCCACAGUGACUGGGCCAUCACUACCGUCCUGUGUGUUCAUUAACUUUGGACAGGCUUGUCCGGGCAGCGUGGCGAAGAUGACUUGCCUAUCAUCCCCCUGCUUCAGUAAAACGUUGCAGGAUAUCCAAUCUAAAAUGAACAUUUUAAUCGUUCUCUUCCCCCUCCAAACGGUAUCUGCCCAGUUGGUGUGUGUGUGUAUCUAUGUCUUUGGACGUUCCCUCAGGUUGUCCGUUUUACAUUACACACAGAUGGUCUCGUCCAUAUACUGUGAAUGCCAGUAAAAUGAUAUUGUCUCCUCACUUUUGACACUGGUUUUACUUUAACACUCCCUGCUCUUUGUACCACCUCUUGGCCAAACCCCCUUCUCCCCCGUACAGCCUAACCUCCUCGCCAGGUCAAGCGUUUUCUGAAAGCCCGUUCUUAUUUAUUAACUCUCUAAAAAAGGAAGCAUGUCUAUCAGCGUUUUUAACAUUUAAAAAAGAAAAUGUCAACAUUUAUUCACGCGGUCUUGGGGUUGCACUUUGAGAUUCAGUGCCGUUUCAACUUGUGUACAUUCAGUGCCCUUGUUUUGGAGGGUUGUGUGUUUUUUUGUGUUGUCUAUUUGUGUCCUCUGUGUAAAAGGAGAAGUACUUGUCCACGAAAUCUCAAGUCAACCACAACAUUUGUAAUUUGGUGAUGAUAACAAAUGUAAGCAAUCCUGUGCAGCUGAUUUGGCUGAUACUCAUCUUAUACAACAUCAUUCACAUGGUUCUACCAAACUUGAUGUACUAGGGUGACUGACGAAACCUACACCAGUUAAUCUUUGGAUACUAUAGCUAUUCAGCUGCCUAUAUUUUCCCCUAACAUUGUAUUUAAAGUAUCUGGUCCUCAUGUAUAUUUGAACAUCUACUUGCUCUUUUUAUUUUUUCUGUGCUACAGGAAAUGUGUGCUGCUCAGUUGCCAAUGGGUUGUAAAAUAAAUCAUCACAAAUCUUA